AUGGCUCUCACCUCCGAAGAGAACAACGCAUUGUCUCGCCUUGAUCAGCAAAAACGCGCUACGGUCAAGUCUGCGAGUUUCGACAUUCAAUCAUCCGUCUUCUUCAAGAACAAUUGGGACACCCUGCUCAUCGCCGCACCCAACUGUCUUGAACUGCUUGGCACAUGCAUGAUUGCUGCUUCAACGAAGUUGACGCAAACUACCACACUCACCCCGCCCCAAAACGGGUUCAAGUAUCUUAAAGGAUAUCUCAGCUCUAACCUUGUCGAGGUCGGCAACCAGGGCAGCCUUGCCUUCGGCGUCGCUCGCGAUGGCAUGGUAAGGAUCCAUGAGUCGGCUGCUGGUAUACCGGUUACGAUUCGUGACCUUGUGCAAACGUUGAACCAGCCACGUCCUCCAGUCGGCCUCGUUGAGGUGCACUUGCGUCGCCUUGGUCAAUGUGCGGACGACUGUCACAACCAGGCCAAAGCCAUGAAUGACGCCUUCCUUCACUGGCUGAACUAUGUUGCCGAGCUCCAUGAAGCUUGUCAAGAACAGUCCGCGAUAGCGACCGAAGACCUAGCUGAUAACGACCUCAAGGCGCAAGUGGCUGCCGAGAGCGAGAAGCACAAAGUCGAUUAUGAAGAGCGGGCGAAGGCAGCUUUCGACAUGCUGAAGCAACAAAUGGAAGGCACGAAAGCACAGUAUGACAAGGCCGUCAAGGACUAUCCGUCGGGAGUAGGCCUUAUGGGUCUACAGAUGAUGGAAGCAGUGUCCAGUUUCGGCGAAACCAUCGGUCACUCCAUCAACCUAGCCGUCAACACUGCUGUAGCCUACGUAACCCCGCAUUCCAAGGCGAUGAAGCUCGUCAAGGCGUUAUUUCACAAGAACGAACCACAGAAAGUCGAAAACGGAUCACCUCCUGUUGAAGCAACUGCACGGUCCUCCCACGUCAAAAACAUGAGGGGAAAGAUGAAUGCAGUGAAUGCAUUUCUUGCGCCAAUCCACAUGAAGCAGCUUCAGUUCGACCUCAAUGAUCCCGCACUGGCCAUCGUCCCAGCUGUCCGCACGCACAUUCUCGCACUGAAGGAUAUAAUUGAUGGACCGGAUGGCACAGUUGAUUGGGAUUGCAUCGUCAAGGGCACCAAUAACUCCGAAAAACAAGGUGCUCAUGCGAAAACGCACGAAUUUCUUCUGAGCGAUCAGAAAUUCCCGCCCUCCGAGAACGGCCUCGUCAGUGAAGCAAUAUCCCACAUCCUGCAAGAUGCGUCGGCGCUCUCGGAUGAGCUCAAGGCGCAGGGUGAAGGGUCCACCGACCUGAAAUGGAAGAAGCCGAGCGAAGAUGAUCCCAAAGUGAGAGUAGAUUUCUACUGGUAUAGCGCAUCGUCUCAUUCUCUCCCCGAGGUCGUGGCUUGGAAGGAACGUAUCGGUAAAUGCGUCACAGCGGUGGAACAACUCUACUCUGCUUCGAAGAGUAACCCUGGAAUCCCUCCGAGUGGUAUGCCCAGCUUCUUGCUCUCGACCCAGAGCAUCCGGGAACGGCUGGCUUCGGUGGAGCAUAAGUCUGGAAUUGCGACGCGGGUUAUUCAGUCUGCCACGGCCAAGCUGGAGAUGACGCAGAAGGCCUACAUGUCGACCCUCGAGACAUAUAGAAAGGCGAACGACAGCGUGUCUCAGGCCCAAGAAAAUCUCAUACGGAUCCGCGCAGAGAUGGAAAAAUUGAAGGCGAGCGGCAUCACACUCACUGACGUCAGGCGGGUCCUGCUUGACUGCAUACGCUUCCUGAUCGACGUGAAGGAGAAGAUCAGGAUCCUCGUUCAGUUCUUCAGUACCUUGUCUGCGUUGGUCGACGCAGCUUGCGACCACCAAGUCAAACCCUUCAAAGAAAGCGUCAAGAGCUACAUGAACGAUGCAAACGGUCGUGAUGCGCUCAACCAGGAAUUCCAGAUCAUUUUCCGGUUUGUCGUAACAAUCUCCGCCUACUUUGGGCUCUUCCGUGACGUGGCAUCGAUGUAUCUGGAGGUGGACACGAGAUACAUUAUGCCCGGCGUGAAGCUCGUCGACCAGCUCGGCAUCUUGGACAGCGGUGAUGAUGUUGGUGCGGAGGCCCGGCUGGAAAGGAAGAAGGAAGAACUCAGCAGACAUGCGCGGGAGGCAGAGUCGGGCAUACACGCCAUCGUCAAAAAGAAACAAGAUGAGAUCAAGUCCACGCUUGAGGAUCGGAUCAAUGACAUCGCCAACGAAAUCGCUAUGUUCCCUGUUCACAUGCAGCCGGACAGUGCGACCCAGCGGGCUAUCGAGGACGGUGCAAGCUGUGUGCAAAAGGUCACAGAAGCCCAAGCCACCGCUGGUUUGGGAACGCAAAGCGUGGCCACUCCAUCAACCGACGAUUUGAUGGGGUAG